ACAACCAGCACAUCCGAAAUUUGAAAUCAAAAACUACGAAAACCACUUUUGAGUCGAACCGUUGAUUGUCGAGAGCUCAAAAAUCAAAACAAUCUUCACACCCCUCUCUCUAUUUAUCAAAAACAUAUCGGGCCUCCGACCCUAAACACAAAAACAGAGUCCAAGCCUCUCUGACCAGCUCAACACUCAGCUCCCCAAUUCACACAUCUUCCUUUACAAUCUAAUCUAUACACACACAGAUCUGUGUCUAUAGUUUUCAUCAAACUCUCCGAUCUGCUACAUCUCGCCGGAGAAAUGGAGAGUUUGAUAUCUCUUGUUAACAGAUUACAAAGAGCUUGUACUGCUCUUGGCGAUUACGGCGAGGAAAGCGCGUUGCCUACGCUUUGGGACGCGUUGCCCUCGAUCGCCGUCGUCGGCGGCCAGAGUUCUGGAAAGUCUUCCGUCUUGGAGAGUGUUGUUGGAAAGGACUUUCUCCCUCGUGGAUCUGGAAUUGUUACCCGACGUCCACUGGUCCUACAGCUCCAUAGACUAGAAGAAGGAAGAGAAUAUGCAGAAUUCGCACACCAGCCCAAAAAGAGAUACACUGAUUUUGCUGCCGUAAGAAAGGAGAUUUCCGAUGAGACUGAUCGUGAGACAGGAAGAUCAAGAGCAAUUUCCACUGUUCCAAUUUAUCUUAGUAUCUAUUCACCUAAUGUUGUAAAUUUGACACUGAUUGAUCUUCCUGGGCUUACAAAAGUAGCUAUUGAUGGACAGUCUGAUAGUAUUGUGCAGGACAUAGAGAACAUGGUUCGCUCAUACAUCGAGAAGCCCAACUGUAUAAUUUUAGCAGUUUCUCCUGCUAACCAAGAUCUUGCUACCUCUGAUGCAAUCAAAAUGUCUCGUGAAGUAGAUCCCAAAGGGGAGAGAACAUUUGGUGUUUUGACAAAGGUUGAUCUGAUGGACAAGGGUACUGAUGCAGUGGAGAUCUUGGAAGGAAAAUCAUAUAAACUACAGUUUCCUUGGAUUGGUGUUGUGAAUCGUUCUCAAGCUGAUAUCAAUAAAAGUGUUGACAUGAUUGCUGCUCGGCGGAAAGAGCGCGAGUAUUUUGCUAAUUCCCCAGAGUACAAACAUCUUGCUCAUAGGAUGGGCUCUGAACAUUUAGGCAAAGUGCUUUCUAAACAUUUGGAAGCUGUCAUUAAGUCCCGAAUCCCAGGUCUCCAGUCUUUGAUCAACAAAACUAUCAUUGAACUGGAAACAGAAUUGAGCCGUCUUGGAAAGCCAAUUGCUACGGAUGCCGGAGGAAAAUUAUACAUGAUCAUGGAAAUCUGCCGAAGUUUUGAUCAAAUUUUCAAAGAACAUCUUGAUGGCAUUCGACCGGGUGGUGAUAAAGUGUAUAAUGUAUUUGAUAAUCAACUUCCAGCUGCUUUGAAAAGGUUACAAUUUGACAAGCAACUUGCCAUGGAAAAUGUUAAAAAACUAAUUACAGAGGCAGAUGGAUAUCAGCCUCAUUUAAUUGCUCCUGAACAAGGUUACCGCCGUCUCAUUGAAUCUACCCUAGUUACCAUCAAAGGUCCUGCAGAGGCAGCUGUUGAUGCGGUUCAUGCUAUCCUGAAAGACCUGGUUCACAAGUCAAUUAAUGAAACAAUGGAGUUAAAGCAGUAUCCCUCUCUUAGGGUGGAGGUUUCAAAUGCUGCAAUUGAAUCAUUGGACAAGAUGAAGCUUGAAAGCAAGAAAGCUACUCUACAGCUAGUCGAAAUGGAGUGUUGCUACCUGACAGUUGAUUUCUUCAGGAAGCUUCCUCAGGAUGUUGAGAAGGGUGGAAAUCCCACACAUUCCAUAUUUGAUAGAUAUAAUGAUUCAUAUCUUCGUCGCAUUGGAUCUAAUGUGUUGUCAUAUGUCCAUAUGGUGGUUGGAAGUUUGAGGAACUCCAUCCCCAAGUCUGUUGUUUAUUGUCAAGUACGCGAGGCCAAGCGUGGCUUGCUCGACCUUUUCUUUGCUGAAUUGGGGAAAAAGGAGGGAAAGCAGUUGGGUAAAUUGUUGGAUGAGGAUCCAGCAAUAAUGCAGCGGCGUAUUUCCCUUGCCAAGAGGCUGGAAUUGUACAGAGGUGCCCAAGCGGAGAUUGAUACUGUUGCCUGGUCGAAGUAGAUGGAGAUACUAUAUUCAACUUCUGUGUUGUUACUUUUCAUUUUUGAGUCCUGAUUCUUUUGAACUAUGCUGACUUUAUUCUUUUCAAGAGAUAUAUAUUUUAUAAUGUAGCUACAAAGUCUUUGUACAAAUAGCAUAUUUUGAUUGUAUCACCUAAUGCACCUUAGAUCGAAUUAUGUAAAACAUGUUUAUGAAUUCUCAUCGCAAGAGUUCAUAGUUUAGUUUCUCA